CGAAUAUCGUCCAACAAGCCCAUUAUAGCAUCUACAGCUAUAAGACGAUCUGUUGUGGGGAAAAAAUCUGCAGUCGGUCAUCGUGUUUGACACUCUUGAAAUCGGUCGUAGUCUCCUCGUUUCGCUCAAAGUCCUAGUACCCACCUCCUGAUGCACUGGUGAACAUCCCCUCUACACUCGUACUCUCGCCCUCGGAUAAUAAGGGAGAGAGACUCUUUCUACCCCGGUUGAAACAGAACAAUGCAACGCGGUUUAGUUAGCCAGACCCCUUCUAUAGACUUCAGACGCAUUAGCAUUUCGCUUCUUGUUUGGCACAACUGAUUCUUUCCCAACACAUGUUCGUUGAUAGAUUGACACUGUCUACUACUACUUUUUGUAAACUAGAUUUGUUACAGCGUCCUUGCCAUUCAAAAAUGCUCGACGCGAUCGGCAGAGGAAGUAAACCUCCGGUUUGCGCCAAGAAGAGUCAUCCUUUGGCCUCUUUCGCCCAGAAAUCGCACUUUCAGAUUGGUGUGGAGGAUGACCAGACAGCGAGACAGAGGGGCGCAACCCAUCGGAACUUCCCCGAUCCCGAAGUCGUCUACUGUCGAUACAUACCGCCUAAUAAGAACAGUUAUGACCUGCAUUUGAUUUUUUUGUGGGGGAUGUGGAUUAUCUGAGAAGAAGUGUUGGUCGCUGUGAGCCAGCAGAUUCCUUCGUAUAUCAUGCACCUUUUAGUAUCACGAUUUCUAACAAGUAGCACCACAAUUUAUUUCCUGCCAAUGUCUACUUUCCCCCUAGUAGAAGUAUCUACCCCCACUCCGCUUUUCCCUCCCUUUCAUCGCUCGAGUAUUGUGAACCUUACGCAGGGUGAACAGGAAGCUUGGCGGAGCGAACAGAACGCGAGAUUUGUAAACAAUGGACCACAAAAAAGGAGAGACCCUUGUCCUGGUGCCGAGAGCCAACUGCAUCUGGGUGACGACCCACCAGAACAGGAAACACAGUAUGCGUUCACGCACAAGCCAGGACAAGAAAAAAAAGCGAUGCCACCGAACACUUGCAAAUGGCCACGUACUUACUUCUCGUCUGAUGGAACAGAAUAGAUGUACAAGCACAUGAUCUAAAAUGUAAAAACUUUUACUUUUGAUAUGAGGCCCUAGACCUCUGCUGGUUGUACUACAGGUCUCUCCUAGACUCAUGCUGUUUGUACUACUGGUAGCAGUUCUGAAUGAACCCACGAUUGCUGAUUCACAACCCAAAUUCAUCAACCACACCCACUCUCUUCUCGUCAGACACAAGUGUGACCCUUCCACCUCUGCCCCUAUCCUCUCUCCAAACAGGUUGGCCCGGCAACAAUGUGCUCACGGGUGAAGUGAAUAAGGAACCUGAUAUUCGAUUUCGGCCGAAUCAGCAGAAGCAGUCGCAGGACAAAUCCUAUAUCGAGCAUGACAAUACCAGGAUACGAAAUCCAACCACAGGAGAAUACAAUUAUGGGAUUACAACUUGGGUGUACAACUGGAAAUGCAGACUGAUCAAUCAAUCAAAUCCGAUUUUCUCAUCCUUGGUUGUACUGUUGUAAGAGUUGCAAGUUGGGCUUUUUUCCUUAGUUGGAGUAGAGGGACGUGGUUGAAGCGCAGUGGCUUGGUUGAAGUAGUACUGAUGAGGAUUUAACAAUAUAGUGGUAGGCAAUCAGCUUGGGUGUACAACUGUUGUAAGAGUCGGAACUUGGAAUUGAAGACUCCAUUGUAAAUAGAUGGACGUCCUCUAUGUAAAACUAAGUUGGUUGUAGAGAAAGCAAAGUCUUCUAGUAGUGGAGGUUGUAGUCUGAGAACGUAUUAGUUUUGAUUAUAGACUAUAAUGUUCUCUUCUUCCCUACCUUUCCACCUUCCUCCUCUAACAUCCCGACCGAAAAGUGCAUAACGGGCUGACGAGUUAUCAAAUGGUCAUGCAGGAGAACAAGACCGCGCCACCUCUGCUAAGUGUAGGUGCAGUCCGUCACCGCACUACGAUGGACCGUUACGAGUUCAAGGGCAGUGGGAGCAAAGCCGGCUUUGAUGUGAGAUGAUAUUGUUUUGGAUGUGAGGAUGGAUUUUUGUCAUCAAUAGAUGGAUUUUGGCUGGUAUUACUGUUGCUGGGGGAGAAGAUGGUGACAGAGGGUAGAACACAAGAAGUCCUGCACACGGGAUAGGCAAUAUAUUCAAGUGCAGAGCUAUAGGCAACUCUUGGGAGUUCGAAAAUUUGACACACAUACUUGCUACGCACAAAUUUAGGGACGCUCUUCUUUUCAUCUAUUGCAACAUGCGUACGGAUCAUGAACUCCUGAAACUUGACUUUAGAUUUGCCUACCGAACAAGCUUCUUAUUACCAUUGCCGCCGUGUGUGUCAUUGACACUUCAUUCUGAAUCAGGC